AGCUCAUUCUGGACCCCAAUACUUCCCUUUCCCAUACAUAUUUGUGUUGACACCAAUUCAACAUGCUUUGCUACCCAUGAUGAUCCCUCGUCUUGUAAGUUUGUCCCAGUGAAAAUCUGCUAGAUAAAUUCAAAGCAACGCUCCACCGCCUGUCAUUCCAAAAUGGCCGAGGAUCUUCACGACGCGGUUGCAGGAGCAGAUGAAAUACUCUUUUCUCCCGGCAUUUUUCCGGACGACGAAGGAGACGAAGAGGUCUACAGUUUCUCACCUCAGCAAAAAAGUCCUUCCAGCCCCCCUGCUCUACAUCCCAGCACGACCGCCUACGAGAUCGCGUUGCGGCGCCAGCAGAACCGGGUAUUGGCGUUGCAGAAUACGAAAAGGGCUUUGCGAAUCUCCUCCACGUCGCCGAAACGAAGUAGAGCAGCGGCCGAAGCGGAUGAAGCUUCCGACGAAGUAGACGCGGGGAAAAGAUUUUUAGAAAAACAGAGAAAACUGACAGAGCAACUCCUCGCACCGGAAAACUUCGCAAUUACCGAGGAGGUGGUGCUUGUUGGAGGCCGCUCCUUGGGUAAAAUAAAUGGUGGCAGCAAAACAAGUUUAUCUUUAAGAACCUCGAAGUCCUCCGGGUCCGCAGCGGAAGUGGAAGUAGAGGGCCUUUUUGAGGCCACUGCAUCCGGAGCAGCCCCCGGGCAUACUAAUUAUCUCCAUGACGUCGAGACUAACCCCGGCUCCUUCUCCACUGGUUGGGUGCAGCAGAGCCUGCAACCGCAAAAAAUUCUCGAGCGGGAAGCGUUUAUUUUACGGCAAGAAGACCAAGAGGUAGAUGAUCUCCUCGUCGACAAUUAUACCGAUGGCACGAGAACGCACCAAAGGCUUGUAAACCGAUUCGACCGCGUGAGAGGGGAAGGAGAAAACGCUGGUGAGCAGGUGGCUGCCUUUCCCAUGGAUAUAGAAACCGGGACGACCACUACUCCGUUCGGUGGACCAUUAGCAAGUACAGCUAACUCAUCAUCACCUGCUCCUCACGCCCACCACGACGGGUCGUCUAGUGCCUAUCUUUUCCGCGAAGGGGAGCACACAAGGAAUGAUAGCUCACCAGAGAAUUAUGGAAACUUCCAAAAAACUACUAGUCCACCUGGUGGAGAAUCCGGUUCUUAUGGUGAAGACCAAGAGGAGGCGGACGUGGAUCAAACCCAAGUUCGAGCCGGAAAUACCAAUUCCAAAAACGUCGAGUGGGACUUUUGGACGAUUCCAGAAGGCGAAGCCAUUGUACCUGAAGGGGCCGAGAAAGAGUCUUCUGGCACCACGACAGACUACGCUUUGGACUCGAAUCCGCCUCCCGCAGGGGAAGUUGUUAUUUUGGUGGAGAACAAAGAGUCAGAACCUGCAGUUAACGAAGAUGCUAGGAGUACCCGCCCUGUCGCCGCGAUGCACGAUGGUGUCAACAUGCAGCCACGACCAGAACAAGCAGUGCCACAGGUGGAUUCAGUUGCAGGCGACGCCACAGCUAGUACGAGCAAAUCCACCCGUGGUCCUCCCGUUGCUGUAACUAAACCAGAGGCCGAACAACGUGGGCCACCAGCUUCAGUGGAAGAGGGCCAGGGGUCAUCCACACCGGUUGUCCUUGACCGAAAUCUGCCAAGCGCCGCCCUAUUCGCAGCGAACGCGAAGACCUCUAAAUCAAGCCAGCCUGAUUCUAAAAAAACGAUCAACAGCGACACCAAUUUCCUGCCAACUUUCGCACCGCUCGAGCAAGGGCUGACAAAAAGUGUCGACUCCAGCGUAAAAUCCCUCCGGCAAAAUUUUGUCGCGGAGCUUAGAAAGGAAACGGCUGCGGUUUUGGAACAACCUGCAAGAGACGAGAGGCAGAUACAGCUGCGGGAAAGGACCUCGUUUUCUUUGCUCCAGCAGUCUUUAGUGCAGGGGCUGCAGGAAAGGCUUUCGACGUCCGCUGCUGGUCGUCGUGGGGAAGAUCGUCAAUAUAGUAAUAUUCAAAUUGCGCAGUCACUGACCAGCCAGUCGAAAUUAUCUGGAGAGGAUUACGAGGAAGACAAUGGCGCGCUGACCUCGGCAAGAACGGAAAUUUCGGACGAAUUAGCGGCGGUGGUGAGGACCGGGGGGAGUGUCGUGCAGUAUUACGAAGACAAGAUGAGCUCCAGUGCGAAUAGCGGAGCGGCGGUAGGAGGAGUGGUUCCCAAUGCCAAUGCCAGUAUGGUUGUUCCGGGUACUACCGGUAAUUCUGAAGACAACUACUAUGGCUACGAUGAGUACGGACAACAGUACACGGCUGAGGAUUGGGAGAACUACUACAACGAACAGCAAUACAACGAAUACAACUACGCAGAUGGACAGGACAACUACGAGCAGGAGUCGCAACAAGACCCAAGCAACAAACUCCGCUUUACAUCCACCCGCCUCCCCUCUUCCAUCUACGAUGCCGACGGCGAGAUCCCUUUAAGCACCAUCCACGACGGGCCGCAGCGGGGGAGCUUUUCUAAGGCACCGGGAAGCAAGUACCGGACGACGGGACGAAUCAAGCACCCGUCGGAGAAGCCGGAGACUGGUUUCGAUUACCACCAGCACUUCGGUCAACACGACGGGAACAAUCACACGAUGGAGGAUCCUUUCACCGCUUUCGUGCCUGAGGACGAGCAACUUUCCGCAGAAUUGACGCUGUUGGCGCAUAAAGGUACUACUUCCAAAAACAAAGUGGAAAUCGGGCAAAGCACGAUCCACGAAAAUCUUCGCGCCAGUCCGCAAAAAAACCCACACGCGAAACUGCAGGUGCACCACUCAGGCAGGGUUCCGUCGAUGAAAAUUGUUUCACCCGGCGAGGGAGAGGGAGAGCAACAGAAUCUGUAUGUGGACGGAGACGAAGAAAACCAAAAUGUACAACUCUCAGGUCAGCAAGAACUCGGCACAUCGAACCAAUUCGAAGAGCAAACUGCCAGGAUUAGUACCCACGACCAUUUGGUCUUCCACGUGGAGGACGAGAACAAUUUUCAGCUAGAAGAAACGCCGAUCCAGCUGCCCUUCGGAACAAGGCAGAACUUCGCGAAAAUCGGGAAUAGCACCAUUCACGAGCACGUCCGGGCGUCCGGCGCGCGACACCCGGAACCCCGGGUGCAAAGAAGUGUUGUCAGAACGGAAUCCCACAAACCGGAAUUCGAAGACGAACACCACGUGAUGCAUUUACACGAGCCGAACACGGGGUUAUCCGGGGAUCUUGCGAUCACGGGGUUCGGCGAUUUGGAGGGGCACUUGAUCCCGCACGAACCCGUGGCGUACAGGAGUUCUCGUGGAUAUCAAAUGUAAAAAUGUCUGGGUCUGGUAGAUUCUGAGAUUUGUCAUGCAUAUUUCGGAUCACGCAAGUCCAAGUGGCGUCUGAUGCAGGCAAAAGCAUCACAGGUUUUGAGCACGCCUCAUGAUGCCUGUCCCGCAUGAGAAACUUCCUACUUGCGUGCCAAGAAAUGGACAGCUUUUGGCGCUCAUGCAACACAAAUUUUUGUGUGUUCCAGAGUUUGCAUCACAACAGUGAACCCUUCCAGACCCAGACAUUUUUACAUUUGAUAGUGGACCAGCAUCAUCAAUGCGGUCGAGCUCCUUAAAGCAGCUCGAGUUGGAACUUCUCCAAGGUCGUGCUGCUGGCAAUGAAGAUUUUUCCUCGAACAUCAAGUCAUACAAGCAAAAUAGAUACUUGGAAGAAGGGGAUGCGGGUCCCGCAACUACUUCCGAUUUAGAGGUCGAGGAGGAUUCGCGGUCAGAUUCCGAGCGAGCGCAGGAAUUGCAGGAGCUUUUGCAAAGUUCAGAGGACGCGGAGGAACGAGCAUCUUCGUCGAGAAGCGACUUCGCGGCGGCUUCCGGGGGGUUUGUUCAACAGGAGGGCAAUGAUUUCAACCGUUUUGAAGUAGAUGAGGAAGACAUCGAAACGGAGCUGACCCCCUUCGCUGGAGUGGUAGAGAAAACCACAGAGCAUUCCAUCCACAACCCACUUAGCCGCGCAGCGGCUUCGGCGCACCCGGAACAGAAGAGCAAAACUUUUCCACCAGAGCAAAGGAAGUCCAUGAAAGCGGAUGAGCACUUACCCCAGUCCGCUGUUUUCUCCACGGCCCACGGAGUCAUCGACGAAGAUUUAUCGAACUACGCAAAGCCGCACCCGUUUGCCGAUAGAAGCCCAGUUCUUGUUAGUGCCGGUGGAUCUUCAAAUUUCGCGGUAAAGGAACUUGAUACAGAAGUAGAAGGUUUGGCGGAAAACGAACCUCGAGUCGAAGAGGAUGAGGACUUCUACUUUGACGACGGCACCAACCAAGACUACUACCGUGCGGGCCAGUCGACGAUCUACGAUCAGCUGCGCGCGAGCCAGAACCGCCACCCCUCGGCGAAAGUGCAGAAGGGGAUGUCCAUUCGGGUUUCCAGCAACAAACCAGACGAUAAAAAUUACAGUGAUUGGCUCACGAUGUACGAACAAGACGGCGUGACGGAGCAAAUACAUUUUCACACAAAAACACAACUAAUCCUCGCGGAAGACUAUGACAAGUUCUCUACCCAGAAGCAGAAGUUUGAAGCCGUGGGGAACAGUACCAUUUACGACAAUCUGCGCGCGAGCUCCUCUCCCCACCCGGAACGGAGAACAAUGAAAACACGGAGUAGCUCCUCCUCCGCGAUGAAGGUCGAUAGCAUGAAAGGGGUGCCACUAGAAGUACCUGCCGCCCCAGGGUCAUCUUUCGGCGGAUCUUCGAGUGCUGACAGAAUGACCCGCGCGAGUGCGGCAGAACAUCAGAAUAACGUCUACUUCCACACGGACGAGCAUGUUUUGCUGAUGCCCGAGAUCGAUGAGGUGUCAGCGCAAAACCUGAAUUUACAUUUCACGAAACAGCAGAAACUCCUGACGGUCAGCAAGCAGACGAAAGAGGAAUUUCUUAUCGCGAAACGGGAAGAGGAACUGCUAGCGAACAUCCGGAAGGAAAAGUACAAAAAUCCUUUGUUUCCGCGCUUCGUCACGGGGGACACGUUGACUCCGCGCACGUUGAUGCAACAAGCGACGGCACGGAAGUUGAAACAAAGAACUUUUAUCUACGACGUGGAGGAAGAAUUAGAUCAAGCGGAGAGGAAGGCGGAGGACGCAACCAAGGACAAGGUCGGUCUUACACAAUCGGAACAACUCGCAAAGCAGGAGCAGGAGAAGAGGGAGUUACUGUGGGGAAUGAAUGCAAAUGGAACUACAGCAGGAGAUCAUAUCAACGACGGACAGCUGGCACUGCAGGUGAAUCCCGAGGAGGCUGCCAGCAAGUCCAAGCGCGACAAGGGAUUGAAAAGUAGGUCCAGGUCGCCAGGAACUUCUUCUCCAAUGGGUAUUAAAAAGCCCGCUUCGCUGCUGAAUCCUAGGAGGUCUAAAUCAAACCCAGCAUCUUCGAGAGCAGGAGCUUUGAUCGCUGCGCCAGCAGGUGGCUUCAGGUUUAACUUUCCGGAAGCUGCAACUACGGCUACACAGCUGCCGCCGCCUGAAGCAGGACCAGGGACCGCACCAGUUGCAGGCGUUGUUCCCUCACCUGUGCUAGCUGGUCCACCCGGGGCGUUCCAUUUAGCACUCCUGAACACGACCAUACUGCCACCGAAGCAUCAAAGCGCGGCGCUGCAACAAAGUCGAAGCCGGAGCCGCAGUCCGGAGGGUUUCACUAGUAGUGCAGCAGUUCCUAACAACUUCAUCCCGCUCAUACAAGUAGACCCGCUGCCCCCCUUGCAGCAAUUCGACGAGCGGUUUCUUCUCAACGCAGCGAAGCAACUCCCCGUUUCUCAGCGGUUCGGCGAGGUCAACGGACACGUGGGGGCGAAGCUGACGGAGUUGCACGGCCACGAUGUGGGAACGUACUACAACUAUGGUGCAGGAGCUACCAACACAAACUCAAAUAGCAACUUCGACGCGACCACAAGUAAAAAUCCAGAGGACAAUAAUAUCAUGGGUUUUGACACGCCGAGGACGAUUAUCAAAAAGGCGUUUACCACGCAACCAGACUUGGCAGCGACGAUAUACAAGCAAACGGUGGAGGAGAUUCUCACCGCCUCCGCCAGCUCUAUGGGAGAUGUUGUACUGGACAGCAACGCAUACGCGUUGUACCAAGGGGGUGCUGCACAAGUAGGGGAUGGGAUUUCACCGCGAGGAGAACAAUUUGUGCCGGCACAGUUUUAUUCCGCUCCUACGUCCUCCUCCCCUUCGGCCGAACUGAUCGCGUCACAAAGGUUUCUGGCGGCGCUAUCACCGGCUGGAACUACGUCUGGGGGCCCACCGGCAGGAUCACUACAACCACAGCAGCAGGGGACUAGUAGUGCCGGCACAGGCACUACGGGUACUACGUCUUUUCAAACCAGCGCACCUCCGAAGGGCAAUUUGCUGCUCUCCAGGACGGGGCCACAAGCAAAUCCGUUCGCGCACAUCUGGGCUCAGUAUAAUGGAGGUGAAGAAUCAGAAAUGUCGGAGAGCGAGGUAGAAUUACCCCCGGAGGAUGAUGAAAUAUUGAAGCCGCUGACAAGGCCGCCGGUGGAACUUCCGUUGCCCAAUUUACUGCGAUUCAAUUUCUAAACUGAACCACAUGAUAAACAUCAAGAACCUAUGACUUUGUACACUAUCGCUAUAAUCUUGUUCCCAUGUCACUGUCAGUUCGAGCGCAUCAGCACUUGGAGUCCUCGCGUAUCUAUGUCCUCUACGGGAGAUGACGAGCCUCCUCAUCCGACUUUCAGAACAUAAAGUCCGUCGUCUGUAUUGGCUUUGGGAGGAAAGAC